UCAACGGCCAUGUUGACUCUGUUCCAGGACAAUUUAGCAGUUUUGUCCAGCACAUCAUCUGCAGUGUGAAAAUGGAUUUCGGAGAGACUCUGGCAACCAUCGGAGACUUUGGUUUUUUCCAGAAGGUUCUCAUUCUUGCCUUAACCUUCCCAAAUUUCUUACUACAAGCUGUCUUUUGUAGUUUACUUUUUGUCCAGUCAGAUCCAGACCGACACUGUAACACAGACUGGAUCCUCAGAGCUGAUGCUAACCUGACCACAGAGUAUGGCCGCAGGAGAGCAACCCAGCUGCCAGUGGUCCUUCUGCUAAUAUUUGUCUUAGUUUCUGGUAUGUCUCCAAAUUUCUAUGUUUACAUAGUGUCACAGUUCAUUAUUGGAACGGCAUAUGGAGGAUACAGGAGUAACUCUGUUGUUUUAGCUACCGAGUGGACUGGGGUCACCAAAAGGUCUUUUGCCUCAUGUUUGAGCCAGAUGUUUGGGGCUCUUGGACAGUGCGCCAUGGCUGUUCUGGUAUAUUUUAUUCGUGACUGGAGAAAAUCACAGCUUGUCUUGGCAGGAGCACAAGUCUUUGUAUUCUUCUACAUAUGGUGGGUGCCUGAAUCGGCAAGAUGGUUGUUGGGACAUGGAAGAACUGAAGAAGCUCAAAAGUUGAUACAUGAAGUUGCAGCGAUAAAUAAAAAGAAAAUCCCAGAGAUUCUUCACAUCACGGUGACUGGGGAACAAGAAGUCAAGAGUGGAGGACUGAAAAAAAUAUUUUCCUCAACAGUCCUCAUGAAAUAUUUGUUCAUAAUGUCUUUUGCCUGGUUUUCAUUAAAUCUGGGAUACUUUUGCCUCACUCUGAAUGUGGGUAAGUUUGGCCUGAGCAUCUUCCUGGUUCAYUUCCUAUUUGGAAUCACUGAGAUUCCAGCACAUCUCCUCUGUAUCUGGGUUCUGGAGUUGGUGGGGAGAAAAAUAUCCCUGAUAUCAACCCUCCUCACAGGAGGUUUGGUUUGCCUGCUUACCUUGGUUUUCCCUCAAGACAACGCUGUUGUUGUCACAGCCCUUGCAACCACAGGGAAAUUCUUCUUGAACUGGGGUGGUUCAGUUUGUAUGGUCUACAUUCAAGAGCUGUUUCCGACUUCUGUCAGGCAGACAGCUGUUGGCCUGGGCUUCACAGUGUUAAGAGUAGCAGGGUUGCUCUCUCCCCUGCUCAACAUGUUGGCCAUUUACCACUAUUCCAUACCCGUCGCAGUUUUCAGCAGCUUUGCAGUGAUCAGUGGAACUCUAUCUCUCCUCCUUCCUGAGACCAGCAAAAAAGAGCUUCUUGAUUCAAUUGAUGAGGCCGAGAACAACCAGUAAACUGUAAUUUGUGUGAUGACAUUAAAGACAUUCUAUUCUAAACAA